UUAUCUUUCACUUUGGCUUAUACCGUGUUUGCUGUUUGUCUUAUCUUUACACCGAAUGAAUUCCGCGCAGCAGGUUUAACCAUCCAAAAUGCGUUUUCUCCCUGGCUGGGCAGUGAGGAUAUUGACUUCAUCGGGCACCAUUUGAGGAGGACCAGCCUCACUGUACUGAUCCACAGUUGUCUUCCUCUAGGUUACUUCAUGGGAAUGUGUGUUGCUGCCCCAGAAAAGAACCUGAUAUAUGUUCACCAGAUUAGUGACAGCUGGAGAGUUUUUCUCUUUCUCUCUGUGAGCCUUCAAUUGACCAGCUGGCUGCUUGUCAUUUACUGGUACUGCUGCCACUGGCACAACCAUCCCAUCAGCAGGACACUUAAAGCUCACGCACAGCUUCCUUAUUCCACAUCUGGCCAUGUGGCAGCCAGCAUCAACAGAGAGUUCAGACGAAUAGACAAAGUUGUGACAGGAGUGCCUGGAGCCCGAGUUAUUGUUACAGACAGCUGGAUACUGAAGGUGACCACAUAUCACAUUGACAUGGCCUUACAAAGCGAUUGUCAUGUGACCGUGACAGAUUCCAGGCAGCAUCAGUUGAGCCCAGAUUCACCUUCCCCCAUAGAGAUCCUGAGCUUGAGGGUGGAGAGCAUUAACCCUAAAGUCAGACCAUUCAAUAUUAGUCUUAACUCGACAGAUUAUACAGAUUUGAGGGGAAAGCUCAGAGCUCCCAUCAGAACUUCGCCCAAUGUUGUGAUCCACCAAACAAUGAGUGAACUCUUUCUGGAAACCUUCAGAGCUCAGGUGGAGCUCAAUCAACGAUACACAUGCCCCAGUGGGCAGGAAGUGGAACCCUGUAUCGGCUGCAUGCAAGUUCCAGCAAGUACCAAGUUGGUUAGACUCUGCCAAUCAGCAGGAAUAGACAAUGAAUCAGAGUGCCAGCAGUGUUUCUGCAGACCCAUGUGGUGCCUCUUUUGUUUGGGUCGAUGGUUUGCCAGUCGCCAGGACCAACAAAGACCUCAGACUUGGUUAUCCAGCAAGGUUCCCUGCCCUACAUGCAGAGCCAAAUUCUGCAUACUAGAUGUUUGUAUGGUCCACUGACCCACAAUAUUAAAAUGACAUAUACUCAGAUAAACCCACAUCUGUGUCAAGCAAAGAAGCCAUAUAGCAGCACCGAACGGGACACUGCCUUGAUUAUGUGGCCUUACUCAUGAACUACAAAUGUAUUCCACUGU